CACUUGAGGGCUCACAUGAAAUUAACAGCGCGGGCGGCCCAAAAAGAGUCCACGGGGAACACACUCGAAUUCUCCGGCUCUCGGACUGGUCCGCAUUUUGACAAAGUGGCUUCUAAGAACGUCACCGCUCUGCUGGGGAAGACAGCUUACCUCAACUGCAGAGUGAAGAACCUCGGCAACAAAACGGUGUCGUGGGUCAGACAUCGAGACAUUCACCUGCUGACGGUGGGGAGGUACACGUACACAAGCGACCAGAGAUUCCGCGCGAUCCAUCACCCACACAGCGAGGACUGGACUCUGCAGAUCAAGUAUCCUCAGCACCGAGACUCUGGUAUCUAUGAGUGCCAGAUCAGCACAGCGCCUCACAUGAGUCACUUCAUACAUCUGAAUGUGGUCGAGCCAACUACUGACAUCAUUGGUGGUCCUGACUUGUACAUUGACCGUGGCAGCACCAUCAACCUAACGUGCGUUGUUCUGUACAGUCCUGAACCGCCGGCAUACAUAUUCUGGAACCACAACGAGGCA